GCGGGCGGUGGCGGCGGUGGGCGGCCCGCGGGCUCAGUCAGAGGAUGGCCGCGGCCGCGGCGGGAGGAGCCCCCGGCCCGGCCCCCGGCCCGGGCCCGGCCGCCAGGGCCCCGCCGCAGGCGCUGCGGAGGCACGGGGACUUGCGGCGCCACCAGGCCGCGCUCUUCUUCCUGGACAACAUCUCCCUGGACAGGCAGCCUGAGCCUGGGCCGGGUCAGCGAGAAUCUCCCCCUCCGCUGCCGCCCGCCGAGGCCCGCGAGCCGCCAGCGCCCCCGCCGCCGCCUCCCGGGCCCGAGCCCGCGCCGCCCGGCCCUCCCGGCAGCGCGGUCAGGGCCUCGGCGCCCCAGGGCCUGCUCAGCCCCGCGCCCGCGCCCGCCGGCCUCGGCCUGGAUGCGCAGCGCCCGAGAAGGCUAGUUGCCUCCCAGCGCUGCUCCCUCCAGUUCCUGGAAGACACCGUGGGAUGUCCCUCAGUUCAAAGAACCAAGCACAUACCCGGAUCCCCCAGACACAAGGGCCUGAAGAAGACUCACUUCAUCAAGAACAUGCGACAGUAUGACACCAAGAACAGCAGGAUCGUGCUGAUCUGCGCCAAGCGGUCCCUGUGUGCGGCCUUCUCGGUCCUGCCCUAUGGAGAAGGCCUGCGGGUCAGUGACCUGAGGGUGGACAGCCAGAAGCAGAGACAUCCGUCCGGUGGCGUGUCUGUUUCUUCCGAGAUGGUCUUUGAGCUGGAAGGUGUGGAGCUGGGAGCAGAUGGAAAGGUCGUAUCUUAUGCCAAGUUCCUGUACCCUACCAACGCCCUGGUCGCACAAAAGACAGACAGCCACGGCCCGCCACCCCAGCCCCGGACCAGCAUCCCCAGGGCUAUGCCAGCAUCAAGAUACAAACCUGCUGCUGCCAAGUCCGCGCCGAUCAGCACGGAGCUAGGGAGUGAUGCAGGGGAUCCCCUGGAGUAUAACCCCAACCUGCUGGAUGACCCGCAAUGGCCCUGUGGCAAGCACAAGCGAGUCCUCAUCUUUGCAUCUUACAUGACCACGGUGAUUGAAUACGUGAAGCCCUCUGACCUCAAGAAGGACAUGAAUGAGACAUUCCGAGAGAAGUUUCCACACGUCAGACUAACACUGAGCAAAAUUAGGAGUUUAAAACGUGAGAUGCGGAACCUAUCUGAGGAGUGCAACCUGGAGCCUGUGACUGUGUCCAUGGCCUAUGUGUACUUCGAGAAGCUUGUCCUGCAAGGCAAGCUCAACAAGCAAAACCGCAAGCUGUGCGCAGGCGCCUGUGUGCUGCUUGCUGCCAAGAUCAGCAGUGACCUCCGCAAGAACGAAGUAAAGCAGCUCAUAGACAAGUUAGAAGAAAGGUUCCGAUUCAACAGACGGGAUCUAAUUGGGUUUGAGUUCACAGUGCUUGUGGCCUUGGAACUUGCUCUUUAUCUUCCCGAGAACCAGGUGUUACCUCAUUACAGACGCCUCACACAGCAGUUCUAGUCUGCUGCCCACGCCACUCGGCACACGGCUUGUGGGCCCCAGGAGCUGUUCCCAGGCAGUGAAGUGCACCCCUGGCCCCCGUGGCCUCACCCUCCCAGCUGGGACACACGGACCCUGCCUUCACACUUUCUUCCUUGGGGGCCAUGCUUUCAUUCCAAAGCACCACAUCACCAUGGUAUUUUGGGGAAUAUUCCUGCAUUCUCAUGUGGACAGAAUGUGGGAUUUGUCAUUUUCCUUUUUUCACGUGCCUGAGACUGGCCUGGCACCAGGACCCGUAAUUUAUGCCUUGGAUCCUGACGUCAUGGCAUCUUUCUCCUUUGCAUUGCCUUGCCUUCCACAUACCAUUGUAGCCACUGAAUGGCAUCACAGUGGUGACUGUUUCCAGAUGCUGCUGAGCACACUCAAGUCCCUGAAGCUAAUGAAGUAAAGCAUUAAUCUUGACUUUCCAAUUUCUGGAUGUGGAAAGCACUGGAACACGCCCUGCCCAGCCCACUGUCCAUUCCCCUCCCCACAUCCACAAGCAGAGUAAAGAGCAGACUCCUGGUUUUGAUGAGUUUUACUCUUGGACCUGUUCUUCCAAGCAUCAUGUCACUGUGAAGUCCUCGCACCUGAGUGUUCGCAGGCCAGCAGGCCUCUGCAAACACAAGCUGCCUCACCUCAUCCAGAAAACCCACCGGCCUGUGACACUGGAUCUUCAGAUGACUGCAUUGCGGGAGUGUGGCUUUUGAUCUUAAGCAAUAUUAUGACAGAACAGCCUAUUGUCAUUUGGGAUUCUGUUCUGUAGGUGUUUCCCAUAAGGGAACACAAACUAGUCACAUGUGUGAAGCUGUGAGUUGAAACCACACUUGCUCAAGCUGUGAGGAGACUGACUACUUCACAGCCCACAGCACAGCCUCCCCCAGAGGUCGGCUCAAUGCUUCUCCCAAGGCUGUCCCGGACCACUGGCCGGUGCAGUUGCACUCAGACCCCAGCUGCCAGUGAUCCUCACUCCUACAAAGGCCCAUGCUCUGCUUUUCCAGGUUUGUUGUCCUUUGCACGAACUCUGUUGUCCAGUUCUCCAGCUCGCUGCCCCACCAAAAACACGUUAAGGACUGGUGAGUCAGCUGGCCUGAAAGAUGGCCAUGAUCAAGCUGCUCCUAUUGUGCAACAGACCUGUGACUGGAGGGGCCCUGGGUCGGCCCCCAUCUUGUACUCUCUCUGUGUGGGCUGGUGCUUUUGCAGAACAGCCAGUUCUGCUCAUCACAGCACCCAACCACCAACAACUCAGCCCAGACCCCAGCAGAGGUGCAGGCCAACCACCCAUCCACUUGCUGCCUGCAGGUCUGUUCCUUCUGCCACUCAAAGGAAGACUGGGAUGGAGGACCACGCCUGUGCCCAUGGUCCAAACUUACUGCAGUGUGCCUCCCUCUCCAAGAUGGCUUCCUAAACCCAACAUGCAACCAAGCUAGAUCUGAGGGUGUAAGGUGCUAGGCCCUGGCAACUUCUGGAAAGCAACCUGUCCUGCCACCAUAUAUCUCAAGAACACUUGUGUUACAAGCACUGUAAGGGACUCUUCAAAACGUCCCGGUUUACAGCUUAGCCUUGAAGGACCUGUCUUUUCAGGAAUUUCUAUACGGACUAAAGUUAGACCAGCUGAGAAAUAUGGUAAUUUAAGUUUGCACAUUUAUGUAGUAAGAUCUAGUCAUUUGCCCAUCUCAUCUGUAACCUUCCCAGCUGUGUCCUUUAGUAAUGCUGGAGCUGCCACUGUGUGGUACUCAAGAAUCCCUGCAGAAAAGCCAGUAUUUAAGCCAAACCUCAGCCUGAAUCCCUGUCCUCUAGAACAAGGCCCAACCGACCUCUGAGUUGGUCCACGGCCCAGUGCCACUCGCUCAGAACCCAGUAGCAGUUGUGGAUUUUAAAUGUGCGUUAAGCAACUAUCUGACCUCAAUGCCAAGUUGUGUCACAAGUGUGUUUGUAUUUGUGCUUUAAAGUAAAAUGGUUUUGCAGCAUAUUUUAUAAGUCACCUCCUUUCAGUGAGCUGACCGCCUGCCUCCUCACCCAUUCACAGCAGAAUGUCAGCUCUAACCCUCCAGAGCCCAGCACAGAAUGAACCAACAUGGAGGGGUGUUUCCACUAUUUAUUUAUGACAAAUUUCACAUCUGUGAUGCCUUCAGUCAGAAGUUCCUAAACAAAAAGGAAAAACAACAUUAAAGCCUCGUCUCCGGAAAAGUCCCAGCCCGUCCCCAAACUUGACUUUGAGAUGGCUUACUUUGAGACGAUGCCGUCGGCCUUGGCCAGUCGGAGAAUGGAGUCAUCUGACUCACCCUGAGAAAAAGCACAUUGGAACUAUGAGCUGGCAGGAGGUCCAUCAGGGACCACCCAGCCCUAGUGGCGGGCUCUCUCCCAGUCUCACUACUCAGACCUCACUGGACAGGGAAAGGCCUUUGGAGAUGGAGUGUGAUAAGUGGGAGGUUCCAAGGUAAAAGGGUGGUCCUGCUUGGGGCCUUUGAGCAUCCUUUCCACCCUUCACCCCACCACCCCCCCGGAAUAGGCAGACAACCAGUGCAACCCAGUCCCAUAGGCUCAAACCUAUUCCAACAAAUGGACUCAGGCCUGAGAUAGUCUAAGACACCAUUCUCCAUUGCCCCACCCCCAGAAGCCCACAGAUGAGCCACGUCCAGGAGACUCACCAUCCUGCGGAUAGCCCCGCAGAUAGCAUAGGUUUUAAACUGGCCGUUGAACCUGCCUGUCACCUUGUCAACCUGUUGAUGGAGAUUGAGGAUCAUCAGACGGGCACUCGAGCUCCUUUAGCUCUAAACCUGGGGUCGGGAUCAUCAACCCCGGGGCCAGCCCAGACCUCGCUCUAGUCUGGGCUGGACCUCGUCCAAGCCCCAGCGCCCCAGGCUCACCUCGGCCACGUUCAUCUGGAUGGACGCGUGGUCCUUGGCGCCGAUGAUGCGGUUGCUGGCGGAGCUGCGGGGAGAGCGUAGUGAGCGGAGGGGUGGGAAGUCACAAGUGUUUGUAUUGGCGUUUUAAAGUAAAAUGAAAUGCUGCGGCGCUCACCAUU